CGCGCUUGUCAUCGCGUGGAAAAACAGUGUCGUCGAAGGCGAUUUCGCGCGAGGAAAAUCCGCAAUGUUUCACUGAAAACGACCGCGUAAACAUCAUUCCCGGUGGAAAUUGCGAGGAAAUCUCUGUGGGCGCGUGUCUGUGGCCACCUGGAGGUAUUCGCGGUGUGUGAAGAGCUGCGAGAAUGAAUGUGUUUGGCGUGAACGGUCUGGGGAUCAAGGAGCAGACGAUAUGCAAUCUCGAGAGGGGCACCAUUGUCACCAAGUUCUUCCCGCGGCGGAAGCCCGAGAAGAAAUCCCUGAUGUUGCGCCGCGAAACUGGCCAGGUGAUUUGGUUUCCCAUCACAGCAGAGAAGGACAACCGCAGCAGCUUUGAGGGCUCGCUGGAGAUUCGCGACAUUCGGGAAGUGCGAGCUGGACGCAACUCAAAGGAGUUCGACAAGUGGGCGGAGGAGAGCAAGAAGGCUGACCAGCAGACAUGCUUCGUGAUUUUCUACGGUGCGGAGUUCAAGCUGCGCGCGCUGUCUGUGGCCGCUCUGUACCAGCGCGAGCGCAACAUGUGGAUUUCCGGGCUGCGCGACAUGAUGCACAUGGUGGCCACGUCAUCCUAUCCGCUGGUGGUGGAGCGCUGGCUCCGCAAGGAGUUCUAUGCCAUGGAGAAUGCGCGUGAGACGCUGACGCUGAAGGAGCUGAAGUCAUUCCUGUCGAAGAUCAACUGCAAGAUUAGCACGCAGCGCCUCAGUGACUACUUCAACGAGGUGGAUCAGCGCAAGAGGCACGAGAUUGGCUUCGAUGCCUUCAGCAAGCUGUAUCAGAAGCUCAUGCUGACGCCGAAUGUGCUGCAGGAUUGCUUCGACAGGGCGUUUCCGUACUCGAAGAAUGACCAAAUUGUCACACUGCAGGAGUUCCAGCGCUUCUUGCUCAAGGAGCAGGACGAGCAGGAGGCGAAUGACAAGGGCUUCGUGUCCAAUCUCAUCAAGGACUUCAUACAGGAUGUGCAGCGAGACGUCCAGGAGCCGUAUCUCACGCUGCCUGAGUUCGUCGACUAUUUGUUCUCCAAACACAACGAGAUCUGGAAUGGGAAGUGUAAUCGCGUGUAUCAGGACAUGAGUCGUCCGCUGUCGCACUACUGGAUUUCCUCCUCGCACAACACAUAUCUCACCGGCGAUCAAUUCUCCAGCGACUCGUCCACGGAGGCGUAUGCCAGGGCUCUGCGAAUGGGCUGUCGAUGCAUCGAGUUGGAUUGCUGGGACGGACCGGACAACAUGCCGCUGAUCUUCCACGGACACACAUUCACGUCCAAGAUCAAAUUCACGGACGUGAUCAAGACGAUCCGGGAUCACGCCUUCGUGACGUCUGAGUAUCCCGUGAUUCUGUCCAUCGAGCAGAAUUGCUCGCUGAAGCAGCAGCGCAACAUGGCGGACGCGAUGCGGGAGGUUUUCAAGGACAACGACAUGCUGCUGAUUCAGCAGAUUGACAAGGGUGAGCAGGAGUUGCCGUCGCCGGAGCAGCUGAAGCGGAAGAUCAUAUUGAAGCACAAGAAGCUGCCCGAGGGCGAGGAGAGGAACAGCAUGAAUGCGGAUGAGGCGGAUUGCGAUCUGAGAAAUAGUGAGAAGGAGGAGAUUCUCUAUAUUCUGGAUUUGGUGGAUAGACGCUGGGUGCCGCACAGAUUUGCCCUGCGACAGCACAAGCUGAUGUACAGGCCGGAGCGUGAGGAUGCGCGCGACGAGGAGACGGACUUUGAGAGUGUGGUGCCGAAGCCGAAGGAUAGUAUUCACAACAAUGAGCUGCACUUUGGCGAGAAUUGGUUCCACGGGAAGCUGGAGGGUGGACGCGAGGAGGCGGAGAUGCUGCUGAAGGACUACAGUCACCUGGGCGAUGGGACAUUCCUGGUGAGGGAGAGUGCGACAUUCGUGGGUGAUUAUUGUCUCUCCUUCUGGCGACGCGACCGACCGAAUCACUGUCGCAUCAAGUUGAAGCACGAGAAUGGGCUGACGAAGUACUAUUUGCUGGAGAAUCUCCUCUUUGACUCUCUCUACUCCCUGAUCAUGCACUACAGGCAGAAUGUGCUGCGCAGUGCGGAGUUCUCCAUCACGCUGAAGGAACCCGUGCCGCAGCCGAAGAAGCACGAGACGAAGGAGUGGUAUCAUCCGAACAUGAAUCGCGAACUGGCGGAGAAGGUGCUGUCGCAGAGGCAGAAUGAUGGGACUUUUCUGGUGCGUCCGAGUGACACGGACAGCAACACGUACGUGAUCUCAUUCUGGGCGCACAAGAAGAUCAAGCACUGUCGUAUCACAGUGGAUGGGCGUCUGUAUCUGGCCACGGGGACGCAAUUUGAGAGUCUGGUGAGUCUGGUGAAUUACUAUGCCAAGAGUCCGCUGUACAAGACAGUGAAGCUCACAUAUCCCAUCACGCGUGAAAUGCUGAAGCGCAUGAGUAGCUCGAUGAUUGAAUUGGGUGACUUUCUGGAGGAUCCCAUGGCUGAUGGCACGUCCAGUUACAUGGAUCCGUCGUCAGUGGAGGAGAAGAUCACCGUGAAGGCACUGUUUGACUACAAAGCACAGCGUGACGAUGAGUUGUCGUUCUGCAAGCACGCCAUCAUCACGAAUGUGAAGAAGAAGGAGAACGAGAUGUGGUGGACGGGUGAUUAUGGUGGCAAGAAGCAGCACUACUUCCCGGCCAACUACGUCACGGUGAUCGAGACGACGGAGGGAUGCUGCGAUGAGAAUGCCAACACGAUGCACAAGGAGCUGGACGUGAAUGGGGCGGUGGUGGAGAUUAAUCCGGUGGAUAUUGUCGAUCCGGAGCGUCCCAUUCAGUUCGUGCUGCGCGUUCAGACGCCCGCGAUGGACAAUGUGUUCGACAUUGGUUGCGACAAUGAGGCAAUGGCGAUGGAUUGGAUGACGGCGAUCAAGGAGGCGGCACAGAAUGCAUCCGCGCUGGCGGAUGAGCGACGGAAGAAGGAGAAGAAUCUGCGUGUGGCCAAGGAGAUGUCUGACAUGAUUAUCUACUUCAGGAGUGUGCCAUUCAAGGAGGAGCGUGACUUGCUCUUCUACGAGAUGUGCAGCUUCAGUGAGACAAAGGCGGAGAAGUACUUCUUCCAGCAGCAUCAGCAGCACUUCAUCAAGUACCACCGGAGACUCAUCAGUCGCGUGUAUCCCAAAGGGCAGCGCCUGGAUUCGUCCAACUUCAAUCCGAUUCCCUUCUGGAAUGCCGGCAGUCAGAUGAUUGCGCUGAACUUCCAGACGCCAGACAAGAUGAUGCAGCUGAAUCAGGCCAAAUUCCGCGAUAAUGGCGCCUGUGGCUUCAUCCUGAAGCCGGACUUUAUGUUCACGGACGUGUUUGAUCCCAAUAUCUCCAACACACUGAUCGGCGUCGAGGGAAAGACGAUCAACAUUCGCAUCAUCGGUGGAAGGCAUCUCUUCAAGUCUGGCAGGAAUAUCAACAGUCCACUUGUCGAGGUGGAGCUUCUGGGCGCGUCCUUCGACGCAGGAGUGAAGCACAAGACCAAGGCUGUCGCGGAUAAUGGUUUCAAUCCCAUUUGGAAUGAGAUUUGUGAGUUUCACGUGAAGAAUCCGCACUUUGCAAUGCUGCGAUUUGAAGUGCAGGACGAGGAUAUGUUUGGGGAGCCCAACUUUAUUGGCCAAGCCGUGUUUCCGGUGAAUGCCAUCAAGAGUGGGUAUCGGAGUGUGCCUUUGAGGAACAAGUACAGCGAAGAGAUCGAACUUGCAACUCUUUUAGUGCAUAUAUCAAUACGAACAGGUUGAGGAGUGGAAAAAGAGCAUCAAUUCUAGUGUCUUCUAUGGUCUUCUAUACACUUUUUUCCGCAUAUUUAGUCAGAUGACAGCAUUAAUUUUACACUUUACAAUCAUUUUACUUGAGUAGUCUAAUAGACGAUGUUAAGAGGGAGAGAAAGAGAGAGAGAAAAA